CCCCACCAUGCUGCCCCCGACGGCUCGGGACCUGCCCCAAGGCGGGCGCCUGGCGGCCCUGCUGCUGGUGGUGCUGGCGUGGGUGCCCGGCGGGGCACCCGCCUGCCCUGCGCUCUGCACGUGCUACGUCUCGCCGCCCACCGUCAGCUGCCAGGCCAACAACUUCUCCUCGGUGCCCGCGGGGCUCCCGCCCGGCGCCCGCCGCCUCUUCCUGCAGAACAACGUCAUCAGGGCGCUGCGGGCGGGCACCUUCGGGCCCAGCACCGUCACCCUCUGGCUCUACUCCAACAACAUCUCCUCCAUCCAGCCGGGCACCUUCCGCCACCUGCCCGCCCUCGAGGAGCUCGACCUGGGUGACAACCCUCACCUCCGCGUCCUGGCGCCCGACACCUUCCACGGCCUCCGGCGCCUCCAGGCCCUGCACCUCUACCGGUGCCAGCUGGCCAGCCUGCCCAGCGGCAUCUUCCGUGGCCUCCACAGCCUCCAGUACCUCUACCUGCAGGAGAACGGGCUGCUCUACCUCCAGGAUGACCUCUUCGCCGACCUGGCCAACCUGAGCCACCUCUUCCUGCACGGGAACCGGGUGCGGGCGCUGUCGGAGGGCGUCUUUCGGGGGCUGCCCAGCCUGGACCGCCUGCUGCUGCACGCCAACCGCCUGGUCGCCGUGCACCGCCGCGCCUUCCGCGGCCUGUCGCGCCUCACCAUCCUCUACCUGUUCAACAACAGCCUGGCGGCGCUGCCCGGGGACCCGCUGGCCGCCCUGCCCGCCCUGCAGUUCCUGCGCCUCAACGCCAACCCCUGGGCCUGCGACUGCCGCGCGCGCCCGCUCUGGGCCUGGUUCCGCCGCACCCGCGUCUCCAGCUCGCCCGUGCCCUGCGCCAGCCCCCCGCACCGCCGCGGCACCGACCUGCGCCACCUGCGGCCCCAAGACUUCGACGCCUGCCCCGAGGAGGAUGAGGAGGAGGAGGAGGAGGAGGAGGAGGAGAAGGACGAGGGUGGUGGUGGUGGUGGUGGUGCGGUGGCCGUAGUGGGCACCCCCGGGCGGGCGCUGGGCCGCCCCGGCACCCUGCCUGCUGCGCCGCCCUCCGCCUUCUACCGCGACGGGCUGCCCCCCCAUGACCUGCGGGGGUCCCAGCCCCGGCCGCCCCCCCCGUCCCGUGACUCCCGUGGCCCCCCUGGGGACGACGUCCCCUUGGCUGCGGCCCCGCGCCUGGCCCCUGCCCUCCUGCCCCUGCUGGCCCUGCUCCUGCCCGACCUCUGA